AUGGCCGCAGAUUUAGAAAAAUUGAUUGACGAAAUUAGUAGUAUGACCGUUCUGGAACUUUCUGAACUGGUCAAAGCCUUAGAGGAUAAAUUCGGAGUCAGUGCAUCGGCUGCACCGGCAUUCGCUAUGCCCGGCAUGAUGCCAGCUGCUCCUGCAGCAGAAGAAGCCGCCGAAGCUGAAGAGCAAACAGAAUUCGACGUUCAGCUCAAAGACUUCGGUUCCAAGAAGAUUCCGGUUAUCAAAGAGGUUCGCGCUAUUACAGGGCUCGGGUUGAAGGAAGCGAAAGAGAAAGUCGAAUCCGCCCCAGUCGCCAUUCAAGAAGGCGUUGCCAAAGAGGAAGCCGAGAAAACGAAAGAACAACUCGAAGCCCUCGGUGCCACAGUCGAAAUUAUAUAG